GGGCGGGAUUUCCCGGGUAACAGAGAAGCGGCCGCGGCGGUAGAGGCGGCGGAGACGGUUUCUCCAUCUUCCCCCCUCCCCUUCCCCCCUCGGAGUUUCCCUCCCUCCCUCCCUCCCUCCCUCCCAGUCUGGGCACCGGAGCCUGUGACCGCUUCGUUAGUGGAGAGGUAGCUGGCAGUCCGCUUCGGCGGGCCUGUGCCCCGCGCCGUUCUCGGGGCCUCCCUGCUGAGCUCGCGGCUCACGCUGAGAGGGACACGCAGUGACGAGCGGCCGAAGCAGCUUUGCGGCUCGAGUGCAGUAGCGAGAUCUCAGCUCACCUCAGCCUUUGUCUCCUGGACUCACAUGAUCCUCCCACCUCAGCCUCCUAAAUAGCUGGGAUUACAGGUUUUAUAGUGCAUCCCUGAGCAUGAGCACAGAAUGAAGCGGCGUUUGGAUGACCAGGAGUCACCGGUGUAUGCAGCCCAGCAGCGUCGGAUCCCUGGCAGCACAGAGGCUUUUCCUCACCAGCACCGGGUGCUUGCCCCUGCCCCUCCUGUGUAUGAAGCAGUGUCUGAGACCAUGCAGUCAGCUACGGGAAUUCAGUACUCUGUAACACCCAGCUACCAGGUUUCAGCCAUGCCACAGAGCUCCGGCAGUCAUGGGCCCGCCAUAGCAGCAGUUCAUAGCAGCCAUCAUCACCCAACAGCGGUGCAGCCCCACGGAGGCCAGGUGGUCCAGAGUCAUGCUCAUCCAGCCCCACCAGUUGCACCAGUGCAGGGACAGCAGCAAUUUCAGAGGCUGAAGGUGGAGGAUGCGCUAUCUUAUCUUGACCAGGUGAAGCUGCAGUUUGGUAGUCAGCCUCAGGUCUACAAUGAUUUCCUUGACAUCAUGAAGGAAUUUAAAUCUCAGAGCAUCGACACCCCAGGAGUGAUUAGUCGUGUGUCCCAGCUAUUCAAAGGCCACCCCGAUCUGAUAAUGGGAUUCAACACCUUCUUGCCCCCUGGCUACAAAAUUGAGGUGCAAACCAAUGACAUGGUGAAUGUGACAACUCCUGGCCAGGUUCAUCAGAUUCCCACCCAUGGCAUCCAGCCGCAGCCUCAACCACCACCCCAACAUCCUUCCCAGCCUUCAGCCCAGUCAGCCCCAGCUCCUGCCCAGCCAGCUCCUCAGCCCCCACCUGCCAAAGUCAGCAAGCCCUCCCAACUGCAAGCACAUACUCCGGCCAGUCAGCAGACUCCCCCACUUCCACCGUAUGCAUCCCCACGUUCUCCGCCGGUCCAGCCUCACACACCAGUGACAAUCUCGUUGGGAACGGCCCCAUCCUUGCAGAACAAUCAACCUGUGGAGUUUAAUCAUGCCAUCAACUAUGUUAAUAAGAUCAAGAACAGAUUUCAGGGCCAACCAGACAUCUACAAAGCAUUCCUGGAGAUUUUGCACACAUAUCAGAAAGAGCAGAGAAAUGCCAAGGAAGCUGGAGGAAACUACACUCCAGCAUUGACAGAGCAGGAGGUGUAUGCCCAGGUUGCUCGUCUCUUUAAAAACCAGGAAGAUUUGUUGUCAGAGUUUGGACAAUUCCUACCAGAUGCCAACAGCUCCGUGCUUUUAAGCAAAACAACUGCUGAGAAGGUUGAUUCUGUGAGAAAUGAUCAUGGAGGCACUGUCAAGAAGCCCCAACUGAACAACAAGCCGCAGAGGCCCAGCCAGAAUGGCUGCCAGAUCCGCAGACAUCCUACAGGAACCACCCCUCCAGUUAAGAAGAAACCCAAACUGCUCAAUCUGAAGGAUUCUUCUAUGGCAGAUGCCAGCAAACAUGGUGGUGGAACAGAAUCAUUAUUUUUUGAUAAGGUCCGAAAGGCUCUUCGGAGUGCAGAAGCCUACGAAAAUUUCCUACGCUGUCUUGUUAUUUUUAACCAGGAGGUGAUCUCUCGUGCUGAGCUUGUGCAACUAGUCUCUCCUUUCCUGGGGAAAUUCCCUGAGUUGUUUAAUUGGUUUAAAAACUUUCUGGGCUAUAAGGAGUCUGUACAUCUGGAAACUUAUCCAAAGGAGCGAGCCACAGAGGGCAUUGCUAUGGAGAUAGAUUAUGCUUCUUGUAAACGAUUGGGCUCCAGCUAUCGAGCCUUACCAAAGAGUUACCAGCAGCCCAAGUGUACAGGACGGACUCCUCUCUGUAAAGAGGUUUUAAAUGAUACCUGGGUUUCCUUCCCUUCGUGGUCUGAGGACUCUACCUUUGUGAGUUCCAAGAAGACUCAAUAUGAAGAACAUAUUUAUCGUUGUGAAGAUGAACGCUUUGAGCUUGAUGUAGUUUUAGAGACCAAUCUGGCAACAAUCCGGGUUCUGGAAGCAAUACAGAAGAAGCUUUCGCGCUUGUCUGCUGAAGAACAAGCCAAAUUUCGCUUGGACAACACCCUUGGGGGCACAUCAGAAGUCAUCCAUAGAAAAGCACUCCAGAGGAUAUAUGCUGAUAAAGCAGCUGACAUCAUUGAUGGUCUGAGAAAGAAUCCCUCCAUUGCUGUUCCAAUUGUCCUUAAAAGGUUGAAGAUGAAAGAGGAAGAAUGGCGAGAAGCUCAGAGAGGCUUUAACAAAGUAUGGCGAGAACAAAAUGAGAAAUACUACUUGAAGUCUCUGGACCACCAGGGGAUCAACUUUAAACAGAAUGACACCAAGGUCCUGAGGUCUAAGAGCUUACUCAAUGAGAUUGAGAGUAUCUAUGAUGAGAGGCAAGAGCAGGCUACGGAAGAGAAUGCUGGUGUACCUGUUGGCCCACACCUCUCACUUGCGUAUGAAGACAAACAAAUACUGGAAGAUGCUGCUGCUCUGAUUAUCCACCAUGUGAAGAGGCAGACAGGCAUUCAGAAGGAGGACAAAUAUAAGAUAAAACAAAUCAUGCAUCAUUUUAUUCCAGAUUUGCUCUUUGCCCAAAGAGGUGAUCUCUCAGAUGUGGAGGAGGAGGAGGAAGAAGAGAUGGAUGUAGAUGAAGCCACAGGGGCAGUUAAGAAGCACAAUGGUGUUGGGGGCAGUCCCCCUAAGUCCAAGUUACUGUUUAGUAACACAGCAGCUCAAAAAUUAAGAGGAAUGGAUGAAGUAUACAACCUCUUCUAUGUCAACAACAACUGGUAUAUUUUUAUGCGACUGCACCAGAUUCUCUGCCUGAGGCUGCUACGGAUUUGUUCCCAAGCCGAACGGCAAAUUGAAGAAGAAAACCGAGAGAGAGAAUGGGAACGGGAAGUGCUGGGCAUAAAGCGAGACAAGAGUGACAGCCCUGCCAUUCAGCUACGUCUCAAAGAACCUAUGGAUGUUGAUGUAGAAGAUUAUUACCCAGCUUUCCUGGACAUGGUGCGGAGCCUGCUGGAUGGCAACAUAGACUCAUCACAGUAUGAAGAUUCACUGAGAGAGAUGUUCACCAUUCAUGCCUACAUUGCCUUUACCAUGGACAAACUGAUCCAGAGCAUUGUCAGACAGCUGCAGCAUAUCGUGAGUGAUGAGAUCUGUGUGCAGGUGACUGACCUUUACCUGGCAGAAAAUAAUAAUGGGGCCACCGGAGGCCAGCUGAACACACAGAACUCGAGGAGCCUCCUGGAGUCAACGUAUCAGCGGAAAGCUGAGCAGCUAAUGUCAGAUGAGAAUUGCUUUAAGCUUAUGUUUAUUCAGAGCCAAGGCCAGGUCCAGCUGACUAUUGAGCUUCUGGACACAGAAGAGGAGAAUUCGGAUGACCCUGUGGAAGCAGAGCGCUGGUCAGACUACGUGGAGCGAUACAUGAAUUCAGAUACUACCUCGCCUGAGCUUCGUGAACAUCUAGCACAGAAACCAGUAUUUCUCCCCAGGAAUCUACGGCGGAUCCGGAAGUGUCAACGUGGUCGAGAGCAGCAGGAAAAGGAAGGGAAGGAAGGAAACAGUAAGAAGACCAUGGAGAAUGUGGAUAGUCUGGAUAAGCUGGAGUGUAGAUUCAAGCUGAAUUCCUACAAGAUGGUGUAUGUGAUCAAAUCAGAGGACUAUAUGUAUCGGAGGACUGCCCUGCUCCGGGCUCAUCAGUCCCAUGAGCGUGUAAGCAAGCGUCUACAUCAGAGAUUCCAGGCCUGGGUAGAUAAAUGGACCAAGGAGCAUGUGCCCCGUGAAAUGGCAGCAGAGACCAGCAAGUGGCUCAUGGGUGAGGGGCUGGAGGGCCUGGUGCCCUGUACCACCACCUGUGAUACAGAGACCCUGCAUUUUGUGAGCAUUAACAAGUAUCGUGUCAAAUACGGCACAGUAUUCAAAGCCCCUUAACUGCAAAGCCAGAGCAGAUAACUUGGGGUGUGUGUGGGGGGGUGUGUGUGGGCCUAUGCACUCACACACUGAAGAAAUAAGGAAGAUGCCUUUCAAGCCUCACUGGGCCUCUCUGGGACAUGGCCACCUGACCUGUGUGUGGCUGGUGCAGCCUAGCACCAAGUGGGCUACCUGUUAGGAACAUGAAUACCUUACAAAGCUGAAGCUGGAACUUUUCCCAAAGGGUUUUGGGUAUAGCCUGCCCUGGAGGGGAAGGAAGUCCAUGCAAGCAAAGACAUGCAGUUUGCUUGCACACACCAGCAGAGCUAAGACUGGAGUCUCCUGUGGCCUAACUUUCAGUGAGGGAACCGGAUGCUGUUCACACUUCGACUGGAUGGAGAUGCAUUUACAAAACAGACUGGAGAAGGACUUAAUACUCAGAUGGAUUGGAACUAUCAUGGUCACUGCUCCUCUCCCCUCCCCACAAAAGGAAAAAAAAGCUGGAUUUGAUUUUUUUUUUCUGGUCACUCGAGCACAUCUAAGAUCACCCAUUAGGUUUUAUCUGGGACCUGCAGUUUGGCUUUGGGAUUGAUCAUCUUGUGGAUUUUAUUCCUGACGAUUCCCUUGCUGCCUACCCUUUUCUCUCCUUUGGUUCUCAACCUCAACGAGUUCAAAUCAGUCGUCCUUUUUAGCUCCCGUGGAACUGUUUUGUAUCUGCCUCUUUACUAGUCUACCCUAGUGCCAUCCACCAGCUUUACUCUCUGACACACACACGCACACACAAAUUUUAACUUGUUUUUUUGUACAUAAUGUACAUACUGUCAAUUUUUUAUUAAAAGAAAUAUGCUUUGAUGUGCUAGCAUAACUGCUCUAGCUUCUUGUGUACCAUAGUACUGUGGCUUCAGAUUUAGUACCUAUGAACAGAUGUACAAGACAUUUAUUACACUUUUUACCAAAGGGAGUUACCAUUGUAGUACUUUUGUGUAAAACUUGUCUUCCCCUUUGCCCCCAACUUUUUUUUUUUUUUUUUUUUUGUAAAUAAAUAAAGCUUGGUUCUUACUUAAGGAAUAAA